GAAGUUGCUGUAAAGUUGGAGUCUCAGAAGGCUAGACAUCCCCAGCUGCUGUAUGAAAGCAAACUGUACAAGAUUCUGCAGGGAGGAGUUGGCAUCCCACAUAUACGGUGGUAUGGUCAAGAAAAGGACUACAAUGUUCUAGUUAUGGAUCUUCUUGGUCCCAGCCUCGAAGACCUAUUCAACUUCUGUUCUCGCAGGUUUACGAUGAAAACAGUACUUAUGUUAGCAGACCAGAUGAUCAGUAGAAUUGAAUAUGUGCAUACAAAGAAUUUUAUACACAGAGACAUUAAACCAGAUAACUUCCUAAUGGGUAUUGGGCGUCACUGUAAUAAGUUAUUCCUUAUUGACUUUGGUUUGGCCAAAAAGUACCGGGACAACAGGACGAGGCAACACAUACCAUACAGAGAAGACAAAAAUCUCACUGGCACAGCUCGGUAUGCCAGUAUCAAUGCACAUCUUGGCAUUGAGCAGAGUCGUCGGGAUGACAUGGAGUCUCUAGGCUAUGUAUUGAUGUACUUUAACAGAACCAGUUUGCCUUGGCAAGGAUUAAAGGCUGCAACAAAGAAGCAAAAGUAUGAAAAGAUUAGUGAAAAGAAAAUGUCCACUCCUGUUGAGGUUUUGUGUAAGGGAUUCCCUGCAGAAUUUGCCAUGUAUCUGAACUACUGUCGUGGCCUGCGCUUUGAAGAGGCACCAGAUUACAUGUAUCUGAGGCAAUUAUUCCGUAUUCUUUUCAGGACCUUGAACCAUCAAUAUGACUACACGUUUGACUGGACAAUGUUAAAGCAGAAAGCAGCACAGCAGGCAGCCUCUUCCAGUGGGCAGGGGCAGCAAGCCCAAACCCCCACAGGCAAGCAAACUGACAAAUCCAAGAGUAACAUGAAAGGUUUCUGAGCAUGGCGAGGAUGGGACAAAGCAGAGCAGACCGGAGCAGGACUUGUCACUCCCCAAAUCCUAGAAAUUUUAGUUCAUACGUACACUUGCCAGUGGCUGUGGGCAACCAUUUACUUGGUGUAAAGAACUUAAUAUCAGUAUAAACUGGCAUUGGGCAGUGUCAAUGAUGCUGCACUUUGAGUUGUAGCAGCUGUAAUUGUGAAUAUUACUGAGAUAGUGAAACAUGGUGUCCAGUUUUCUAUUGCAUUUUUUCAAGUGGAAAAGUUAACUAAUGGUUGACACACAAGUGGAGAAAAUUGUGCAUAUGCCAAUUUUUGUUACCUUUUUACUUUGAACUACACUGCUUAUGAGAUCUCAUUGUUUCAGAAGAAUGGCAUGAACAGUCUGCGGCAACAGUUGUGAUAAUUGUAAAUGCUCACAAUUGUGCACUCUUUUCUGGUUUUUCCUCCCUGGGUUUUGAAAGUUGUACACUUAAAACAUUCUUAAAGUUGUUGGCUUCUAUGUGCAACAUACCAAGCCAGCUGACAUGGUAGUAACCAAAGAUUCAAGUUUUUAAGCAUAUGAAAGACUCUGCCUGCUUACCUGUGCUAGAAAUAACAGCAUCUAAAGUGAAGACUUAAGAGAAACUUAGCGACUACUAGAUAAUCUUUAGGACUCUGCAUUAACUCUAUAAUGUUCUUGGUAUAAAAGGAAAAACAGCAUAUUUGUCACGAAAUUUAGUUAACAUCUUACAACUGAACCUGUAUGUAAGUUGCUUAGAUAAAUGUAAUCACUGUAAACAUCUAUAUGAUCUGGGAUUUUGUUUUUAUUUUGAAGCGGGAGCUUUUUUGUUUACAAGUUCAUUAAAAACUAAAAACUGUUUCUGUAAGGAAAUGAGAUUUUUUUUUUUAAUUUGCCUUGUUAAUUCAGUUUAAAAAAUCUACAUUACCCUGUUUUUAAACCAAGUUUCAAGGCCAUUUGUUAAGCAAAAGAAGUCUUAUUUCUUUCUAAAUCAUUUUAGAUUUAGUGUUGUAACUCUUCCUCAUUUUGUUUUUAAAUAAAUUUUGUAUUUUUUCCUGGAGGGGGAAGGGGCAGUCUUGCAUUUUUAUAACUUGCUGUUUGAGACCAGCCCUCUAUACUAGGAUUGGAUUUUUUUAAAACAAAGUGGCAUCUUUUGCAGACCUGGUAUUGGCACCCUCUGAGUGUUGCCAUGUUAUGCAUCGAAUGGACUGACUUGUGAUUGCUAGUUUUGACAAAAAUUUGAAUGGAGUAUUUGGUUUUAAACCAAGACAUUUUCUUUCAAGUUCUUGUGAAGUGGAUAUGACCAGAUUUACUCUUGUUCUUGGGGACAGCCCUGCACCAUGCAGAGUUCACAUUGGUUACUGCCCCAGGCUGUCCUCCUUCUCACUCCUGUUCUAGCCCAGCUGAAAGAAAGAAGUACUUUUAUUGCUGGUAAUUCUUUAACAGUGUAAUUUAUUCCUUUAUAGCAUGUCAGAAUAAAUUAAAAAAAUGUCUGAAAAUGC